GCGGAAGCGGGCGGUGCUCCGGCCGACUGGGAAAUGUCAGCUGCUUGAUUGGGUAGGGUUUUCCUUUCCCCGGAACCUGCAGGCCUUCAGGUGACCGCCCCCGCCGUCGCCGGGGAGCGUGGGUCCCAGACCCUGGACGGCUGUGGCGGGCGCGCGUUUCCCGGUCCUUCUGGACGCUGUCCGGCGAGAUCGGGCGGUGAGCCUGAGGGGGAGAGCGUGAGGCACUUUGGGGUCUGGGGCGGAGCGCGGGCGGAGAGAGAGGGACCCCGGAGACCCAGAGAGGCCGCCGCCGCGGGGCCCACGUCCCCGGCCGCGGAGUGGAGGCGGUGACGCGCUCCGCCGGCCAGAUAUGAUCCAGGCCUGUAUGUGAAUUACUUCGGUUAAUCAGAGCAAACAUUGAAUAAUGAGUGGUGCAGCUUUGGGACUCGAGAUUGUUUUUGUCUUUUUUCUGGCAUUAUUCCUACUUCAUCGAUAUGGAGACUUUAAGAAACAACAUAGACUUGUAAUUGUUGGAACACUGCUAGCUUGGUAUCUCUGCUUUCUAAUUGUCUUCAUACUGCCUCUGGAUGUUAGUACGACAAUAUACAACCGAUGCAAACAUGCUGCUGCAAACUCGAGCCCUACUGAGAGUAGCAACAUUACAGGACUGUAUGCAGCUGCUACCCCGGUUCCAAGCCAACAUCUGUGUUUCAAGCCAUGGAGUUAUAUUCCUGAUGGAAUCAUGCCAAUUUUCUGGAGGGUAGUAUAUUGGACAUCACAAUUUUUAACAUGGAUUCUGUUACCUUUUAUGCAGUCAUAUGCAAGAUCAGGAGGGUUUUCCAUUACUGGAAAGAUCAAAACUGCACUGAUUGAGAAUGCAAUCUAUUAUGGCACCUACUUGCUGAUUUUUGGAGCGUUUUUAAUUUAUGUAGCUGUAAACCCACACUUGCACUUAGAAUGGAACCAGCUUCAGACAAUUGGGAUAGCUGCUGCAAAUACAUGGGGUCUUUUUCUUCUGGUGUUGUUGUUGGGGUAUGGCUUGGUAGAAAUCCCUCGCUCAUACUGGAAUGGAGCAAAAAGAGGUUAUCUACUUAUGAAAACUUAUUUUAAGGCAGCCAAAUUGAUGACGGAGAAAGCAGAUGCAGAAGAGACUUUAGAAGAUGUCAUGGAGGAAGUUCGUAAAGUGAAUGAGAGCAUCAAGUAUAACCACCCACUGAGAAAAUGUGUUGACACAAUACUUAAAAAGUGCCCUAUAGAGUAUCAGGAAAAAAUGGGUAGGAACAUGGAUGAUUAUGAAGAUUUUGAUGAAAAGCAUAAUACCUAUCCAAGUGAAAAGAGUCUGGUAAAACUACAUAAACAGGUGAUUUAUUCAGUUCAGAGACACCGUCGAACUCAAGUACAAUGGCAGAUUCUUUUGGAACAAGCAUUUUAUCUAGAAGAUGUAGCAAAAAAUGAAACUAGUGCUACUUGUCAGUUUGUUCAUACCUUUCAAUCGCCGGAGCCAGAAAAUAGAUUUAUUCAAUAUUUUUAUAAUCCUACAGUUGAGUGGUACUGGGAAUGUCUUUUGCGACCGUGGUUUUAUAGGGUACUUGCUGUGGUGUUGUCCAUCUUCUCCGUGAUUGUUGUGUGGUCAGAGUGCACAUUCUUUAGCACUACACCUGUCUUAUCCCUCUUUGCAGUCUUCAUACAGCUGGCCGAAAAAACAUACAAUUAUAUUUAUAUCGAGAUUGCUUGCUUCCUCUCCAUCUUCUUCCUCAGUAUCUGUGUUUAUUCUACUGUGUUCAGGAUUCGUGUAUUUAACUAUUAUUACCUGGCUUCACAUCACCAGACUGAUGCUUACAGCCUUCUUUUCAGUGGCAUGUUAUUUUGCCGUUUGACUCCUCCUUUAUGUCUUAAUUUCUUGGGUUUGACCCAUAUGGAUUCAUCCAUCUCUCACCAGAAUACACAGCCAACUGCUUAUACAUCUAUUAUGGGUUCCAUGAAAGUUUUAUCCUUUAUUGCAGAUGGGUUCUAUAUAUAUUAUCCUAUGUUGGUGGUAAUUCUCUGCAUUGCUACUUAUUUUAGCUUGGGAACUCGUUGUUUGAAUCUACUUGGUUUCCAGCAGUUCAUGGGAGAUAAUGAUAUGACAUCAGACUUAGUUGAUGAAGGAAAAGAAUUAAUCAGACGAGAGAAGAGAAAAAGGCAACGGCAAGAAGAAGGUGAAAGUCGACGAAGAGAAUGGAAAGAACGUUAUGGACACAGUAGAGAAGAUUCCACUAGAAACAGAAAUGUUCAUAUUGACCCAAAAGAAUCAAACUUCUCAGAUAUUAGUACCAACCGAUCAGCAUCCAAAUAUACCAGGGCUAAUAAUAGGACUGAAAGGGACCGAAUAGAACUCCUCCAAGAUGCAGAACCUUUGGAUUUUAAUGCAGAAACAUUCACUGAUGAUCCUCUUGAAUCUGAAUCAGGAAGGUAUCAGCCUGGUGGACGAUACCUCUCAAUGUCUCGCAGCAGAAUAUUUGAUGAUGUUUAAAAUCUGUAAGAAUAUAUGGAAUAACUAACCAAGAUCAACACAUAAGUUCAGUCUUUAUGAACAUCUGUAUGCCCUAGAAUUUACACUGAAUUCUUAGUGAAAAGUGUCAGGAUACAAAAGGCAUUAAAAAUUAAUGGGAUCUUAGUAAUAAUAGUUUAUUGUUCAUUGAAUAGAGUAUCAUCUUUUCUAAUAAGGUUUGUUACGUAUCAUUCCUGAAGUGUCUGCCUUAGAAGUACAGUUACAGUGGAAGGAUUUAAUUCAUGAUUAAGAUCAGUAUAUGUUGAAAGCAUGUAGUUCAGUUUGUUUCAGAUAAAUUUUUUUCAGGAAAGUUGUUUCAGAGGUCCAAGGAAGCCAUAGUUAUAACUGAGUAAUAUUAUACAGUUUUAUUAUUGUGAUUUACAUGUUUUCUGUUUCUAAAGAAUAUGUUGAUCCUUUAUUUCUCAAAGAGAUAGACACCUCAAUAACAACCAUAUUUACAAAACCCAUGUCUUAAAACACGGCUUACUUACCAGACAUAACUGAAUGUAGAAAGCUCUUUUUCAAUGCUGUGUGCAAAUUAGUUAGGUUUUUGCAUGUAUAAUUAAGAUUAUCCUUCAACUGAUAGUGUUUGUGUAUCUUCAGCAUGUGUACUAUAAUCAGGUGAUGUAUUCUUUCAGUCUUUGGUGGUAACUGGAAAUUGUCUUAUGCUUUUGGUAUUGUUUUGUAAAACAUUUUCAUUUCAGAGAG